ACGAAAAGUAUCCUGGCCUGGACUAACUCACUGGCACUGGCAGUUGUUUCAUUUGUCUUCACUGGCUCGGUCAGUUUGGACCAGAAUCGGGUAACUCGCGGCUAGUCGUAAAACCAGCUCUUAAUAUUCGAGACGAAAGCAAUAUCGCUUCUCGUUUAUCUCGUUAACGGAAGUUAGAACGAUAUCGAGUAGAAGUUUCGUUGUAUGAUUUCCUAACAAGAGAAACUGCUUUUGUUUCAAUUAUUUGAUACGAUAAAAUUAACAUUCAAAUCUUUGUUGAAGACAUGGGUAUCAAUCCGAUGAAGUGGAAAACUAGAAACGUACUAUAUACUAUGUUAACGCUGUUAAUCUUUUACGUAUUAUUUCUAUACAAGAGGAAACAACACGUGCUGUUCGAAGAUAUAAUAAAGGACUCGAAUCCUAUACACGUAUGGGAAUUUAUGGCGGAUUUUAGUAACAUGAAAAAGUUAAAUCCGACGAUAGAAGAGUUUAACAUCAUUUCAGAAAGUGGUAAUUACGAUCAUUGGAAAUAUUCGGUUGAAUACACGGAACAUUUGAGUCACAUACCGAUCAUUCGAAACACAGCGAUAGGAAACUAUGCCGUACAUCGAGAUAAAAAUGGAUAUUUGAUUACCUCGAAACAUCUGACUUGCUUCUUUCCCAAGAUCGGUUGUCUGGAAUCGAUCUCGCAAUUCAGAUUCGAUCGAGACGGAAUCGAAGAUACUAAAUAUAUCGAAACUGUCCAAUACGAGUGUCCUAUCGCAUUCUCGCCUUUAUGCUACCGAGAAGUUAUGUAUCAACGAGAAGAAAUUGCGAAGAGAUUAAAAAAACGCUUCUCGAGUAAAAAUGAUAAAUAAACGUCUACUUGAACCGAUUACUCGAAACAUA